GUCAUUCCUCGUGUGUAUUUUUGUACUGAAAUAGUUAAGCAUGUCAUUUGUUUUCACAGUAAAAACAUUCUCAGAUUCAUUUCCUGACUUGAAAACAAUUGAAUUUGUUUAGGUUUGUGAUCAGUGCGAGACAUUCAAAUUUGAGAUGAAACCGUUAGAAAUGUUUGUUUUUUUCUGGAUCAACUCGACGUGACCUGCAGCGCCUCAAACGGUCACGUGUCUGUGAAGUAUUUUUAGUUUUGGCAGAGAAGCAGAAAAUCAAUCUGCUGCUUUUCUGUAAUGCCAGCAUACAGGUGUUAAAGGUACAGAAGUCUUGGGAGUUUCUGAAACAUCGAGAACAACCCAAACGUCAACUUUCACACAUAACCCACAACCACAUGUAAAUGUGUGGCGUCGCACCGUUGGCCGGUGAGUGCAGGCACCCAAUGUGACGCCUGUCAGGCUAUUUACAGAAAACGCUGAGCAAGAGAAAGUUCCCACGACUGCGAUGACACAAAGAGAACGAGCGCACGCCUGCACAGCACCUAGGAUUAGUGCGACCUGCAACAGAAACAAUGGAAAUAAUUGGGGCGGAGAGUCAGAUGAUGGUACUGCAGGACACGCUGGCGGAGGAAGAGAUGAAUGAUGAAGAGGAAGAUCUGAACAACAGUCUGAGAGAAGCUGUUCAGGACGAAGACGUGAAGCCUAAACUCCAGUGCCUGAUGAUGGACCCAUCCUUCUCAAUGGUGACGGUUCAGAGCGAAGACAGCGGGAUUGUUUGGGAAACGGCUUCCAGUCGCUGCUCGACCCCCUGGGCCUCAGAGAGGAACGUCACGACCCCAGAACCCGGCUACACUCUCAGCAGCCCAGGCACGGCCGGCAAGAUCCUGGUCACCAUGGACGAGGAGCACACCACCAGAAGAGAGAGAAAGAAGCAAAAAGCUGAGAAACGGUUUCCUUACCUGAGGGAUGAGAUUAUGAGACCGGCCAUGGUGGAGGUGUCCCUCCCUAAUGUCACGCACACACCAGACAGAACCACACACACCAAAGAAGAAAAGCAUCAACGUUUGUUCAGUCUGGUGUCUGAAGGAUCUGAAAUUCUGAACAUCAUCGCUCCACACAAAGUGUCUACGGUGGACGAGGAGGAGAGUGAAGGUCUGAAAGAUUGUUUGUUUUACCUUGAGGAGGUGCCUGCCAUAAAAUCCAGCAGGAUUCCCGUUGAACCCGUGAACGUUCCCGCUGAGACUCCUGGAGAGGAUGAGGGGACAUCAUUCGUACCGGAGCCCAUCGUCCCGGUCCUCACAUGUUCGAGAAGAGGCGUCACAGCGGAGGAUUACUUUGAGAAUUUCACUCUUCUGGAUACCCGGACGCGGUCAGGACAGGCAGCACUAGAAGAAGUUCCCGGAGAUUCCGGGACAGAAAACACGCUCACUCAGAACGUAAAUGAGGUGCCAGAACUGAGCUGUGGACUAUCACGGGCCCCCUCAGCUGUCAGCGUGUUAGAUAUUCCUGCCGAACAUCUGGACGAUGUCUUUUAUGGCGGCGGCAGCAGUGCUCCGCCCUCCCACGACAAUAAUAAAGAGGAGAAAAGAGAGCUUUCAAAAUCCCACCUGAAGGCAAGCGGCUCCGCAUUGUUCGGCAGCGAGGAGAUGGUGCUCACCCCCAUAUACCUUCCUGAAGGACCUCUAAAAAUCAUCGACCCCAACCUGCUGGAGGAGCCCAAAGCCAUGGCGUUUUUCUACUCCGACCUGUACGCCGAUGCCGUGGGAAGCAGGAAGAAGCCGGACGAUGACACAGAGAGUCUGACCUCUGAAAAAUCUUUCCACAGUAGAGAGUCCGACUCUGAGGACAGAGGCUAUCUGGAGAAGUUUGUGCUGAGGGUCGAGACUCUCAACAUCGUGGAUGGCGAUCGGGAACCCGAGGUGCGCAGCGAAGAACGUCAGGACCCGUUCAGACUCGCCGGAUACGUGGAACAAUCUAAAACAGAGGUGGAGACCAGGACGGAUGAGCUGGAAGAGAUCACAGAUUUCUUUAGAAGCAGCGCAUCAUCAUCACCGUGGGAAGCGGUCGAUUUAUAUCAAACCGAGCCGGAGGCGGAACCUCAAGGGGUGAGGAGUAGACCAGUUACGUUCAAAGAUGAAGCAAAAAAGAAGGAGAAUUCUCUUCCGUUCACCGACGACAUCGAUAUUGCUGAAGCGUUUUUACCUGUGGAAAUCAGUGAGGAUUGUCCGGCGUGGGAAGAAAACUUGCAGACGUUUUCCACAACUACAGCCUCUACCAGGACAGAUGACCAUAAAAAUAAAACAAAGUCUGUAAGUGAAACUGAAUCUCCCAAAACGAGCCAAACCAUAAACGCAAACAAACCCAUAAUUCCACGCUACAAACCCUUCCUUGAUCUGAUCCCGCUGCUGCCAGCCGAAACUGAGGAUGAAGAACAACAAACAGAAGGAGAAAACCUGCAAGAGGACAAAACUGUCUCAGAAGAGAUGACAUCACCUGAGGCUAAAGAAAAGGACGAGACCACUGAAUCUCAUCCUCCUUCUCCUGAUGUGUGAUGAUGUCACAGCAGCAAAUGUCUGUGUGUGUGUGUGUGUGAUGAUGUUGCUCACAGCGUCAGAUGAAGAGACUGUAGACAAAUCUCUUGGUGUUUGUGAUGCCAACAGGUCAAUAAUGCAAAACACAGGAUGAACUGAAACAAACACAUGACUGUACAAUGUUAGUGAGUGAAUGCGAGUUAAUUUGUCACUUUUCAUAUAAUACUUGUGUCAUCAUAAACCGAAAGGCUUUCAUCAGACUAAAUCAAGUUUUGCGUGAGGUUGGGGGAGGGCUUAAAAGUGUGAUUAACUCAGUAUAUGAUUCAUUACAUGUAUGGAGGAGUCUUCACAAACCUCAUGUUCCAACAUGGACAAGAUUGGGAGGUCAGGAACGUUUUUGGGUCUCCACGAGCUCAUCAAUCAACCUAAAUGAUGUUUAUUUGUGAUGUAAAAAUGCAGAGAGGUUUGUGUGACGUUUGUACAGAAUAAACAUCAUAUGUUUAAGAAAAGUCCCAA